CGAUAAGCUUGUCAAUUUAUGGUUGAAAGAUUAAAAAACUUUAAUGGUUGAAAAUGAACUUUUUAAGUACGAACGUUGUAAAGGUUUUUUGAAUGUAGGUAUCUAUGAAAGUUUUAAAAAUGCAAAUCAGACGUGUGAUUUUUUCAACAUUAGUACUUUUGUUGAUCAAACACACUCAUGGAUAUCAAUAUGGACCCGUUAUUGAUCGAGUAAUUCUGUAUGCGGAACAAUACACCUCCUUCAUUGGCACUCACAUCAAUUCAACUUUAAUUCGCUUAGCUCUGUUGACUGGGGUACCUUAUCUGAACGUACCUCAGUAUCCUUUGAGAGAUCAGGAUAUACCUUUUUAUUUGUAUACCAGAAAAAAUCCUGAUGUACCCGAAGUAUUAUACGUGGGAGAUUCUGAAAGGAGGUUACUGCUGUCUGGAUUCGAUUCCAGUCUUGAUACUGUUUUAUACGCUCAUGGAUAUGGUUCUACAUUUGAUAAUUCAGCAUUCAUCUUUACCUCCUCUCUACUUCCCAGAAAGAAUAUCAACCUGAUAAUCAUAAAAUGGGACUCGUAUUCGUUCUUUGACCUGAAUUACACCGGAGCUAUAACAGUUUUCAGAUUAGGAACAGUUAUCGCUCGUUUUUUACAAACUUUAUUCAAAGUAGGAGCUGAUCGUAAGAAAAUACAUUUGAUUGGAUUCAGCGACGGCGCUGAGGCUGUGGCUUUGGCUGGUAAACAGAUAUACCCCAGGGUGGCCAGAAUUACUGUAUUCGAUCCAGCAGGAGGCUCUUUUAAUUUUUUACCCCCUACUCAAAGAGUAUCGAUUACUGAUGCUGAUUACGUACAAAUCAUCCAUUGCACUGUUGCAAAUCGUGGUCUGCCACCAGAAGUCAUAGGAGACGUUACAUUCUACAUGAACGGAGCCCUCAUACAACCUCAGUGCAGUAAAUAUACCGACAUAAGCACAAUUGGAGAUUGCAGUCACGGGGCAUGUGGCACAUAUUUAAACGAAUCUUUGCAAGAAAAUAGUACCCUGUUGGGCAUAAGGUGCGCUGGAUUUCUCAGUAAUUCUCCAAAGGACUACGAUUUCUCAGAUAAAGUUAUUCUUACAUACGAUGUUCCUACUCAUGUCAAAGGAUUAUUCUGUGUUGAUACUCGUUCCAAUAGUAAAUCAUCAAACUGAAAUAUUUUGAUGAACUGAAGAAUAAUUUCAACGUUGGAUCAAUGUGUUUUUUCAGUUCUCUUCUUACUCGAUUAUUGCAAUGAUAGGUAUAAUUAUGAGAGGAGUAAAGUUUAAAUUGAAAAGUUCAUUUUUAUAAUCAAGAAUUCCAACACUUGAAGUUAAUUUUGAGGAAUCUUGAAUAUUGAAUUUGUAAUUUAUAGGUACUUGUAAUGAGGCUUAGGAUGCCUACUUAAAUUGAAACUUACCGAAAACUUGGCAACUCCUUUCCUAUUCGUAUCUAAGUUCAAGGUUGCUUUGUUUCCUGUAAAAUUAUCUAUUAUUGUACAAUGUAAAAUAAAGAUUACGUACUA